GAUGGAGCACAGCAAAAGGGAUGAUUCCCUCUCGCCCCGGAGCCUGAACAACCGAAGACGGGAGAACAGAGAGAAAGCAGAAAUGAGCCGCUACGACCCAACCAUUUUAGCAUCCCAAAAGCCCAUCGAAAAGCCAGCACCGCGUGCCAACUGCCAAUACGACCGCGUCCUCACGAGACCAGCAGCAGAUCUCUCACUCGCAUUGCUUCAUCGUCUUCCUCCUCACGCUAACUCUUCCAUUCAUUCUUCACGCACACCAGUCCGUCACCACCUUUCGUUCUCUUGCUUGUUGGAGGGAGUUGUUGGUGGCAAGGGCACGAGGAGGAGGGGAGCCCCAUACCUCGUCAGCAACAGUAGCGGCUCCUGUCCAGUCGUGCACCUACAUGCUGCUCCUGCAUUAUUGCCAUCUUGCCCUCCCAAACCAAUCACACAAGCAGCAAACCCCACCUCCAGCUCCCUCCUCUUCGAUUUGAUCCUUCACCAUUCGAUUCCACUCUGCCAAGCCGGGGGAGGGAUGGAGGGGAGGCCGACGCGGCGGCGCGGCACCGGCACUGGCACGAGCCCCGGCCGCAACAAGGUCUGGGUCGAGCCGCCGGGCAAGAGCCACCACCACCAGACCCCGGCGCGGUCGCCGCCCCCUCCUCCGGCCCCGGCGCCGGCAUCAGCGAAGAGGGUUGCGGUGGUGUACUAUCUCUGCCGCAACCGCCAUCUGGAGCACCCGCACUUCAUCGAGGUGCCGCUCGCCUCCCCGGAGGAAGGUCUCUACCUGCGAGAUGUGAUUAACCGCCUCAACGUGUUGCGCGGAAAGGGCAUGGCCGCCAUGUACUCCUGGUCCUGCAAGAGGAGCUACAAGAACGGCUUCGUGUGGCACGACUUGUCCGAGGACGAUCCGGUGCUCCCUGCGCAGGGCAACGAGUACAUACUCAAGGGCUCCGAGGUCCUUGACCGCAUGCCACUGCCAGAUCGGCAGCAGAAUGGCGUUGGCAACGCAAAGGUCGAGAGUCUCAAGCAACCGAAGGAAGAGUCCCCUCAGUCGCGGGGUUCUCAAGAGGGAUGCUCGUCGUCGUCAUCUCCGUCUGCCGUCGUCAAAGAGGUCUCAUCCCUGACUCCUACUCCACGGCCGCAGCAACAGGCACAAUCGGCAUUGCUGCCGUCGUCAUCUGCUUCCACCAACCGCGAGGAAGCAAGCUCCGGAGGACCUUCAGAGUACAGAGUUUGCAAACCCAUGGGAGCGCAGGACGCGUCCACACAAACAGAUGAUGGUGAGAGAGAUGUUCCUGAGAAGCAUACUCACAUGGCAGGGAUGUCCACAGAGGAUGGUAUAUCAGAUGCUGAGAUUCAAGAAUGUCAUCAAAGGAGCUCGCAAGUAUCACCAAAGGGACCCGAAAUCGUUCAAGAAUCGCCACCGGUGUGUUCGUCCGAUGCUUCUCCAGGUGGCAGAGUUGAGACCUUGGAGUCCCUGAUAAGAGCGGAAGCCAGUAGGAGAAGUAGCUUUAGGACGCUGGAGGAGGAACAUAUGUUUGGUCCAAUGGGUGUGAAGCUCAAACCAGCCAAUUUUCUGAUGCAGCUGAUCACCUGUGGGUCUAUUACUGUGAACGAUCACCGAGGCUUUGGGUUCAUCCCAACAUACAGGCCUCGGUUUACACAAGUUGAGUUCCCUUCUCCAGUGUUCUCCACUCCUAUGGCACUGCAGCACCUUGACAAAAUGCCCUGUAAUGCAAGAACGAUUGGAAUGAGAACUCCAGAGUCUGAAUAUUUCAGUGGUAGCUUGGUCGAGACCAAGAAGCAGGACGAGUCCGGAAGAAGAAUGAGCACACUCAAACGCUCAUCAUCUUACGACGAGGAUAGAGUUUAUAGAGCAUCACACUGCAAAAGUGAUACGGAAAGCUCGGUUGAGUCGGGCAGUUUCAGAUGUCUCCCACAGACUAUCAAAAUGAUAUCAUGUAAGCAAUCGAGAAGUGGAACAAUACUCUCCCCAAUCUCUGAUGUCAGGAACAGCUCUAGUCAACAAGAAUAUAGUACUAGAUCCUCGCAGCUGGGUCCAUCACUGGGUAAACUGUCUUCCUCGAGAGUGGAGUCAUUCCACGAGGAGGACAUGAUCAAGAUCGAAGAAAGGCUUCCUUCUGGAGCUCGGGUUAUAAUCCAAUCGGUACCUUUGUGUGAAGAAAGUGAUGACAGCAAUGAAUCACUAGUGCAGGAACUGGGUGUUAUCUUGUGUGUGUGUGUUUACCCCUUUGUGCUGGAGGCAUCGUUGUGGCAGCUACUGCUUCCAGACGAGAGUCACAACUGGAUUGAAGCAGCAGAAUUGAAACUGCAUGCAUGCUGCAGAGGAGAUGAGCAAAAGCAGUUGCUGCUGCUUCCUGCUUGUUAAAUACUAAACAGGAGGGAGGCAGUUUGUGACACCAGAUAAGAUGAGCCGGGCCCUGUAAAUAUAGCCUUGUAACCCAGCCAUGGCUAGAGAUGGGCCUUGUAGUGGAGAGAGCCCACUAUAUUUGAGCCCUGUACAUGGUGAUGCUGAUGAUCAGAACAGGAGAAUAAAUUGAUGAUUUGCCACUGAAAACAA